AUGGACUGCUUCAGCACGUCCAAGCAACGCUUGCAGGAGAAGGCGGCCAAGAAGCGCAAGGCCAAGCAAGUUCAAGGCGCGCCUGCAAAGGCCUUGUAUGUCAACAACAUCAAUCGACAAAGGCUUCACUGCUGCUUCCGGACGCUAUAUGGGAAAGACGACGCGGAACUGGCGCAUGAGGACAUCAUGUCGCCAGAUCUGGCUACCAUCAGUCUUCCCAGCGACGUCGAUGUCUCCAACUUCUUUUCGGUGGCCACGUCCGUAGAUUUGAAGCAUUUAGACCUCAGUCCCUCGCACAUCAGCAAGUUGCCAGAGCUGACGGAGAUGCCUGCGCUGACGCAUGUCAAUCUGAACUACAACCAUCUUGGAGAUGUUGGUGUGGAGCUCUUGUUCCGAGCUCUCGUGGAUGCUGGCAGCAGCAUCGAGCACUUGGCCGUGGCCUCGAAUGACAUUGGUGAUGAAGGCGCUGCCAUCAUCGGCGCGAGCCUGGGCAGUUUGCCGCGGCUCACGAGCUUGGAGCUCUGUGAUAACUUCAUCCAGGAGCGCGGCAGCAUCGCCAUCGCGGAAGCCAUCGCAGGCGCCACGCCACCAGAGGAAGAUGGAGAAGAGGCGGUCGCCAGUGUGCCGCUGCUGGUGCUGUCCGUGGAUCUCAAGGGGAACCGAAGUCGUGAGUUGGGGGCCCGGCGCUGGGCAGAGGUGAUUUGCCACCACCCUGACCUGAAGUUCUUGAACCUGGCGCAGAAUGAGCUCGGUUGCCUGACAAAGGAGAUCUUCUUAGACUUAGUCUGUGGUGCUGUGGCCUCCGCCUCCUUGAGCGUGUUGGAUUUGCAGGAGAACUUCCCCAAAGGCGGCUUCGGGUCUUCUGACAUGGGCCCACCACCGCCCGAAGUCAUCGAGGAGCUUUUGGCAGAAUUGCCUGCUGGCGAGUACGACCCAGCGGAAGUUCGGAAAGGAGCCGGAGUUCCCAACUGUCUUUAUCCGCAGGCACCGGGGCUCUACGGACAAAAAGGGCCGUCAACCACAACAAGGCUCUGCGCCGGGGCAGCGCCAAGCCCAGUGACGCCCAGUGGGGUGGAUCUGAGCCCCGAGGCCCGAAUCGAACUUUUAGAGGUGGAAAACGAGACCUUGAAGGCCGAGAAUCGUGAGCUUCGCAAGAAGCUUGUAGAGACACUGCGGAAAGGCAAUCACAGCGAUCGCGGCCGCCGGCACGAACCGGAAGAGAAGGAUCGUCGCCGUUCGAAGGAGGAUCCCGCGGAGUCCCGGGACGAGGGACCUGUCUCGGACACCAAUGCGGUGCUGCUGACCAAUGCUCAGAUGGAGGCAUACAACGAGCCCAUUCCCAACAACAUCCCGGCAGAGAAGCGUAUGGCUCUGGUGGCAGAGAAGCUGGAACGGUUCAUGGUGAACUUCGAUGACAAGGUCCAGAUCUUGGACCUGAAAUCGGGACAAGCUGUCAUUAAGGAUCGCAACAGCUUCAUCAAGCGUUACACCUGCGUCUUCAGAGAGUCAGGAUCCAAGCUCUUAGGGACCUGCACGAAGCGCUUCUAUUUUGAUGCGGCCAGAGGCCCAACGUAUUGCCUCGACUAUGAGACACACGAAAGCUUGGUCACCGCCAUGCCGGGUACACCUCCAGAUGGAAAGCUGGGAGUGCGCGACCCUCGUACCGAGCAUUUGAUGGUGCUCUACGAAGAAAAAGGUGGCAAACUCACGAAGAUGUGGAUCAAGCAGGAUAGCGACAAGCUGGGAAGUGACCCCUAUGCUGGCGAGGAUAUCCUGGCUGCCAGCGAUGCCUACAAGCAGUUCGAGGCCAAGCUGAAGGAAUUGAAGAAUGGAAAACUGGGAGAGCGAAUCUUUCACAAUUACCAUGAUAUUCCUAGUAUUGGAUAG